AUGUGUAUUAACUAUCGACAGUUGAACAAGGUUACCAUUAAGAAGAAGUAUCCCCUUCCUAGGAUUGAUGAUUUGUUUGAUAUUCUUCAGGCUGCAUCGGUCUUCUUCGAGAUUGAUUUGAGAUUGACUCAGAAGAAUGUGCCCUUUCGGUGGUCGGAUGAGUGCAAGAAAAGCUUCCAAAAGCUCAAGACUUUGUGGACUACAGCUCUGAUUCUAACUCUUCCCGUGGAGGGGGAGGACUUUACUAUGGAUCUUAAUUUGAGGCUGCGAAGUUAUUUAGAUAUGUCGAAGGCAGAGAUGCUCAAGGACUAUGAUAUGUCGAUUCUUUAUCAUCCAGGCAAGGCCCUUGUAGUGGCAGAUGCCUUGAGUCGCAAGGCGGUGCGUGUGGGUAGCCUAGCAUGUUUACAGAUAGAGUUGGAUACUAGAGUUGAGCUUAGUACAAUAUUUCACCCUCAGACUGAUGGACAGUCUGAGCGUACUAUUCAGGUCCUUAAGGAUAUGUUACGCAGCUGUGUGAUUGAUUUUGGUGGCCAUUGGGACCACUUCUUGCCUUUGGCGAAGUUUGCUUACAACAACAGUUACCAUUUGAGCAUUGAGAUGGCACCAUUCGAGGCAUUGUAUAGUAAGAGGUAUCGUUCUCUGGUUGGCUGGAUUGAUGCAUUUGAGUGGGAUUCGAUGUUUCUUGAUCAGAACCUAACUUUUGAAGAGGAGCCAGUUGCUAUUUUGGAUAGAGAGAUGCGGAAGUUGAGGUCCAAGGUGAUUGCUUCAGUAAAAGUUCAUUGGAGGCAUCGUCUGGUGGAGGAGGCUACCUAG